AAUGCUCGCGACAGCUGGAAACCAGAGUUCUUACUACUGGAAGCGCGACCGAAGGCCAUGGAUCACUGCCUUGUCGUGUUAAAAGUUAUCGUUGUCCUUUUUUUAGCAAUUGGAGGCGGUCCAUUGGGAGAGGAAAGUCGAAAUUAAAGAUGUCAGACCGACGAAUGAAAUUCCCUUACACAUUUUCUGCGAAGAUAGCACAAUUUCCAUUGCGGUUCUAUCUUAAGAAUCAGUGGGUCUGGAGAUACUACUUCAUAAGUCUUGUUGCAUGUUCACCAGUAUUCAUUGCUAUCAGCAGAUUAGCUAAUUCACCAGCAAACAAAGCAAAGUGGGCCGAGAUGAAGAGGAAGGAGCUAGCUGAACAUCAUCAUUAGUGUAGUUGAAUUUGUUAAUACUGUAGAAUGCUACCUGUACAAUAAAGGUUCUGUUUCACUAUGUA